CGUUACAGUCCUUCGUUCGCUGUCGUUUGCUCCUAGCACAAGAAGUUGGAAUAUCUAGACUGUGGAAACUGACAAAAACUCGGCGCCAUAUUGCAAUCUUGUGUUUGGUUAGCGUUUUCUGGCGCGUGGUGAAGAAGUUUGUUGUAAUUUAAUUGAUAACGAUGUCCGACAAUCAGGAACAAAAACCCGAAGCCGGCCCAGGCGACGCAAAUUCAGAGUACAUCAAACUCAAAGUCGUUGGAAAUGACAGCAACGAGAUUCACUUUAGGGUAAAGAUGACCACUCAAAUGGGCAAGCUAAAGAAGUCCUACAGUGAUCGUGUGGGUGUACCUAUGACGUCACUUAGGUUUCUCUUUGAUGGUAAAAGAAUCAACGAUGACGAAACACCAAAGCAGCUGGAAAUGGAAAAUGAUGAUGUCAUUGAAGUUUAUCAAGAACAAACAGGUGGUCGUUAACUAAGGAGAGACGGAGGAUCAUUUCGUUCUAAUAUUUUAUAAAGUGGAAGUGACUCUUAUAAGAAAAAAAUGGACAAGUUUAUAAGUAUGCUUAUGUACACACUUACACACUUAUACAUACAUACACACAAUACACAUAUACGGAUGUUUAAAUAAGAUGUAAUUUCCUGAUUUCACAUACGAUAUUGUAAAAUGUGUUGUCUUACAUUCCUGUACCGAGGCGAAUAAUCUGGAGCGAUUAGAUUACAAAUCCUCGGAUCAUUUUGUAAAACACAUGUGCGGACAGUCACAUGUCAACAUUGCAUGUUGUAUGGUGUCUGUUUUCGUAUGUCAUCAGGACAAUUUUCAGAAAUAGAAUAAUUGAAUUGUGCGCCAAUAUAAAUGCGUUUGACAUUUGUAAACUCCUUGUCUUUAAAAUUACUCCUGAAAAUCUCGUGUUUUUCUUUAUGCUAAUUUCUUACUUAAAUCUCUUUCUC